GGCUACAGAAGACUUUUUUUUCGUUGUUAAAAUGGUUGUGCAAUCAUCCCAACCGAGUGGAUUAGCAUGGCGAUGGUUUUGCAAGGACUCAAGGCAAGUGUUUCUCGUUCUCUUGUGUUUCGCUAAAUUAAGCUUUGGCCAGAUACGGUACUCAAUACCAGAAGAGAUGAAGAAAGGGUCUCUUAUCGGAAAUGUAGCUCAAGACCUUGCACUAGAUCUUAAAAGGCUUCGUUUGGGUCGGGCCCGUAUCGUUACUGGGAAUAACAAUCAGUACACCGAGUUGAAGACAGACAAAGGGAUUUUAGUCGUCAAUGAAAGAAUAGACCGAGAACAGCUUUGUGGCGACGUCACACCGUGUAGCUUCAGUUUGGAAAUGAUCCUCGAAAAUCCAAUUGAGCUUCAUCGCAUCGUCGUUGAAGUAAUUGAUGUUAAUGAUAAUUCCCCUACAUUUCAAAGCAAUGGACUUGACUUCGAGAUAAGCGAGUCGGCGGUAAUCGGAGCACGUUUUGUUUUAGAAAGCGCUGAAGAUUUUGACGUUGGCGUAAAUGAUUUACAUCAAUAUGAGUUAUCUUCGAACGACAAUUUUGCAUUAAAGCAUCUCUCGAAUCCAGACGGGAGUAAAUACGUAGAGAUGGUGCUUCAGAAACCAUUAGACCGAGAGGCACAGUCACGCCUUUCUUUAAAAUUGAUAGCUGUCGAUGGAGGAACACCACAGAGAUCUGGUACAGUAAAUGUGCACGUAACUGUUCUUGAUGUAAACGAUAAUGCACCAAUAUUCAAUAAAACUACAUACAGGGCGUCAGUCAACGAAAACGCUCAAAUUGGAACGUAUAUAACGACCGUGAAUGCUCGUGAUUCAGACAGUGGUCCAAAUGGAAAGAUAACGUACGGAUUGUCUAAAAUGAAAGCGGGAAUAGGGGAGAUAUUUGUUAUAAACGACAGUACCGGUGUAAUUUCAGUUUCUGGGAACAUCGAUUUUGAAAAAGACAAAAAAUACGAAUUCAGAGUAGAGGCUAAGGACCAAGGAGGGUUAACGGACACAAGCCAAGUCAUUAUUGAAAUAGCGGAUGUGAAUGAUAAUGCCCCGGUUUUGAAUGUGAUGUCUUUCACAAACCCAGUGCCUGAGGACACACCGAUAGGCAGCACUAUAGCAGUUAUUAAUAUAAAAGACACAGACUCAGGACGAAAUGGAAACAUACGAUGUUUUAUGGACAAAAGCCUUCCCUUUAAGAUUGAAAUGUCUUUUACAAACUAUUACAACUUAAUAACCAACUCAGACUUUGAUAGAGAAAUUGUUUCCGAAUAUAGCAUUGCUGUGAACGCAACUGAUUUAGGGACCCCAUCCCUUUCCAGCACAACAAUAUUGCACCUUAAAAUAUCUGACGUAAAUGACAAUGCGCCGAGAUUUGGUGAGACAUCGUUUUCAGCGUUCGUUAUAGAAAACAAUUCCCCUGGAAUGUCCAUAUUCACUGUCCUUGCGCAAGACCCUGACUGGAAUCAAAAUGCUAGGAUCUCUUACCUUCUAGAGGAUUCCCAGACAAGUGGAAACCCGGACUCUUCUUAUGUUUCUAUCAACUCUGAAACUGGAGUACUGUAUGCAGCGCGCUCUUUUGAUUAUGAACAAAUUAAAGCACUGCAGCUAGUUGUUAAAGCACAAGAUGGAGGUUCUCCUCCCCUCAGUAGUAAUGUGAUUGUGAAAAUACUGAUCCAGGACCAGAACGACAACGCCCCUCAGGUUCUGUAUCCAGUCCAGACUGGUGGUUCUCUGGUGGCUGAAAUGGUGCCUCGUUCAGUAGGUGUGGGCUAUCUGGUCACUAAAGUGGUGGCUGUUGAUGUGGACUCUGGACAGAAUGCCUGGCUCUCCUAUAAACUACAGAAAGCCACAGACAGGGCGCUGUUUGAAGUGGGCUUACAGAAUGGAGAAAUAAGAACUAUCCGCCAAGUCACUGAUAAAGAUGCUGUGAAACAAAGACUGACUGUUAUAGUGGAGGACAACGGACAGCCCUCUCGUUCAGCUACAGUCAUUGUUAACGUGGCGGUGGCGGACAGCUUCCCUGAAGUGCUCUCGGAGUUCACUGACUUUACACACGACAAGGAGUACAAUGACAACCUGACUUUUUACUUGGUCUUGGCUUUGGCUGUGGUUUCCUUUCUCUUCAUCACGUGUUUAGUGGUGAUCAUAUCAGUGAAAAUCUACAGAUGGAGACAGUCUCGUAUCCUGUAUCAUUCCAGUCUCCCGGUGAUCCCAUAUUAUCCCCCACGGUACUCAGACACUUUGGGGACAGGGACUCUCCAGCACGUGUACAAUUACGAGGUGUGCAGGACCACUGACUCCAGGAAGAGUGACUGUAAGGUCGGCAACGCUGGUAGUCAGAACGUUCUGAUAAUGGACCCCAGUUCUACAGGGACCAUGCAGCGAAUGCAGAGUGAAAAGAGCAUCCUGGAUGAACCAGACUCUCCACUAGAGGUGAGUUCUAUCAGAUGUGAUUGAUUGUACAUUAAUGUUGAUUUGUAGCUCAUUCGAUAUUUUCAGCACCACGGAGAGGGACAGCUCCCCUAAAGAUGAGAGCAGGAAGGUUGACUGAAAUUCAGACUUUGCCAAUAAGUAUUCUGGAGUGAGUCACAAUUUAAAGGAUUGGUACAUGAAUGUCCUGUCAUCAAUUUAAUUACAAUAUGCAUAAUGACUUUUUUGCAGUACUCUGGACCAUUAGAAAUGUAUCCAACUAUCUGCUUAUCUGCAAUCCUGUCGUGCUUGCUGGUGUGUUGAGACCAAUAGUUAUAUUCUAUGUAGAUCUAUAUUCUUUGAACAGAGUGUGUGUGUGUGUGUGUGUGUGUGUGUGUGUGUGUGUGUGUGUGUGUGUGUGUGUGUGUGUGUGUGUGUGUGUGUGUGUGUGUGUGUGUGUGUGUGAGAAAUUGUAAUAUCACAA